AUGGGGACGAGCAAGGAAGACAUUAUGAAUUCGAAAGGUAUUUUCAAACAUCACAUGAUUCACAAGCCCUAAUAAAAUUUAGACAUGUUUUGCAAGAAUUAUCACAAGCUGAUCAAUUGGUUCCAAUAAUAGAAUAUGGAUUCACACAAGUUUAACAUAUUAUAUAUGUAAAAUUUAAGAUAGAUUAUUAAUUUAAAUAUUUUGUCAACAUCAAUACAGUGUUGGAUGUGCAUGUAGCACACUAACUAGGGGAAGCUUAGCAACUUGAGCCAGAUAUAUAAAACUUUGGAAGAAAAGUUGAGUAGUUACUUAAAUUGCUACAAAUUUCACAUCCAUUCUAACAAGCCUACAUCUAUAAGUAACCAUUCCAAAAAAAGUUUAAUAAUAUCGAUAAAAUUUUGGCUAGCAUGUAUCACAUGUUACACUAUUUAGACAAAAUAAGCAGCCAGAUGAACAAUUACUAUGUUUAUGCAGUUGCCCAAAUGUCCAACAAAUCUUGGAUCACAACUCCAUAAUACUAAAAUAGUAAUAUAAGGCCAUUUACAUAAAUAAUUCAUUAAAAUAAGGUAGAUUCAGGAAUAUUGAUUUAUUAUAAUAACUUUAUAUACUUUGAGAAACUUAAAUUAAUUAGCAUAGUAAAAUUCUAAACUUAAGUAUUGAUUAUUUAAAUUGCUAUUUAUUUAUAAAUAUUUAGCUGCUGUGUGUAGAAUUUCAAAGAAUUUUUCCAUUAAUAUUUAUUCUUCUGA